ACUUGCAGUAGGGAGUCGAGGAAGUAACGUGAACAAGGCUAGGCCAGGUGGCGUUGUGGCGUGUGUAUUGCAAGUGUGCCGGGCAAAAAAACUGAAUAACUCGUAAUUUGUCGAGUCCACAGUCAGUACCACGAUGUUUAAUCGGAUGACAAGUCUUUGGAUGGGUGAUUUAGACCCAUACAUGGAUGAAAAUUUCAUCAAGCAGGCAUUCAGUAACAUGGGAGAGACAGCAUAUGGGGUCAAAAUUAUAACACACAGGGUCACUGGAGGAUCAGCAGGAUACUGCUUUGUGGAGCUUGCAGAUGAAGCAAGUGUAGACCGCUGUGUACACAGACUCAACGGGAAGCUGGUUCCUGGUUCGAAUCCUCCCAGAAAGUUUAAGCUGAACUAUGCUACCUAUGGGAAGAGGCCAGAGCCAGGCCCUGAAUUCUCAGUGUUUGUUGGGGACCUCACCUCUGAAGUCGACGACUACCAGCUUCACCAGUUUUUCUUGAAGAAGUACACAUCAUGCAAAGGGGCCAAAGUCGUCACUGACCCGUAUGGGAACUCGAGAGGCUACGGUUUUGUGAAGUUUGGCGAUGAGAGCGAGCAGAAGAAAGCCCUGGAGGAGUUUCAGAAUGCCUCUGGACUGGGAGGAAAGCCCAUCAGGAUAAGCAUCGCUGUCAACAAGAGCAACAAGUCCAGCAACUAUCACAAUCAAAAUCAUAACUACAACAACUACCAGCAACAGUACUAUCAGCAGCCCUACCAGAACUACUACCCACAGUGGGGCUACGAUCAGUACAACAGCUAUGGAAACUAUGGCUACAACCCUUAUGGCAACCCUCCACCAAUGCCACCGCAUGGGAUGAUGCCUCCUCCGCCCAUGGGAAUGCCCCCUAUGCCCCCAGACAUGCAGCCUCCCGCAGAGCAGUCACAGGAAUCCAUAGACGAAGGUGAAGAGGAUAAUGCCGAGGACCCCAACCCCCAGAUGGAUGUGGACACUCUGAAUCGGCAGUUCAUGGAGCGCAGCGAGGAGCUCUAUGACUCUCUGAUGAGCUGCCAUUGGCAGCCCCUGGACAACAUCACGUCCGAGAUCCCGGCAGCCAGCUCAUGAUGUGUCCCCUGUACUAUAGCCUCUGUCCUGAAACCGGUGCCGCUCUUUUUAUCAAUCAUCCCUUUUUAAAUGCAACCGAGCACGGCACACUUUCCAAACAAUAUCCAGUUUUUUUUUUAUUAUUAUUAUUAUUAUUAUUAUUAUUUGGAUUGAGCAUCAAACAUCAACAUGUUUGUGAGCAUAUUCUAGCCCUGAGUAAUGUAUGUAAAGUUUUCUUUAUUCUUUUUCUUGAUGUAGAUCAGAAAUGGCCUGAUUUUGGUUGCCCCCAAUGCAGUGCAAACAUCAGUGGUUUAUCUUUUUUUUUUCUGUGUGUAAUAUUUUUUAUUUCCUUCAGAGAAGACAAAUAUGGUAAUUUGAUGUAAUUUUUGAGAUACACAAGCAUGUCUUUUGUGACUGGAGUAUUGUGAUAGACAUACAGUGGAUUUAGCUGUAAAGACAUUCUUUGCCUUUCAUGAUGUAAGUGGUAAUGUCUGGCUGAUAUUUUAUAUUUAUACGACCAACAUUUGGACAUAAAUGUGAAAUGUCAGACAGCCCAAAUCUUGCUUAUGUGUUCCCUCCCCCUUAAAACAUUCUUUUUUCCUCAUGAAGUCAUGCUGUUUUGUGUUAUUUUUAUUGCAUUUUGAAGAUAUUUUUGUAAUAAAAUUCAAACAUUGAUUGGUGAAUAACAUUAUUAAAAACACUUUCAUAUUCA